AUGUGUGGGAGCUGGGGCACAGCCUUCCUGAGUGCUGGGAGCCAGGAUGGUGUGGAGCCGGCUCAUUCUAUCUACCAUUUUCCAUCCCCACUCCUAGUCCUUGUAUCUCCCCUGGUGGCAGCUGCCGAGGGCCCAGGCCCCUGUGACACCAUAUACCAGGGCUUCGCAGAGUGUCUCAUCCGCUUGGGGGACAGCAUGGGCCGUGGAGGCGAGCUAGAGACCAUCUGCAGGUCUUGGAAUGAAUUCCACACCUGCGCCUCACAAGUCUUGUUGGGAUGCCCAGAAGAGGCGGCUGCUGUGUGGGAGUCACUACAGCAAGAAGCUCGCCGGGCCCCACACCCGGAUAACUUGCACACUCUGUGUGGCGCCCCUGUGCAUGUCCGGGAGCGUGGUUCUGGCCUGGAGACCAACCAGGAGACACUACGGGGGACAGCACUUGCCCCUACCCCGGCCCCCGCACCCCGGCUGCUGGCGGUUGCUUUGGCACUCUGUUGCCUCCUGGGGCCUCUGGCCUAG